AAAAUCCAAACCAUCUGGGUUUUAAUAUCCACUGUUUUGUCUGGGAAAACCAACCAAAUGAAGUGACUGGACCCGAGAAGCUAAACAGCUCAAAAGUCUUCAACGCUUCUAAAUUCCACCUGCUGCAAUGAAAGAACUUAAUUCACUUCUCCUGCUUUGGUUAUGCUAGCUAGCCGUGCCACGGUUGUGUUGGUUGGUGAGUGCCUGCGUGACGACUUCCUCCCAAUAAAAUUGUUCCAUGUAGUGAGUGAACAAAGUUCUGAGUUGACACAUUUCCCUCUUCUGUUUAUUGAGAGACAAUAAAAAUACACCCUGGUUCACAGUAGGUUUCAGCGAAGGCCUGCUGGACAUCAAAAUACACUUUUCCGAACUCACGUUUCUAAAAUUUCUGUUUUAAUGAUUUUAUAGACAUUUAAGCACAACGCAUCUGGGUUUUAUUAUCCAUAUUGGCCCCAAACAUACACAGGCACAUUGCUGGUAUUUGCUUUUGAAUCAGCAGUAAAACAAUUAUCUGAAUAUUUUGGAUGCGGGUUUUAGACACUUGAGUCCAGAAAAUCUGGACUUAAAUGCAAAAGUUUUUAGUUUUUAAUGAUUUUUAUUGUUAUUUUUAAGGAGUUUCUUUGCUCUAGGGGCCCAACUAACAGCGAUCCGACAAGACAGCAGGUUGUGAGAGAUGGGGAAGACUUGUGGGAAAAGGUCAAGAGACCGGGACUCGAACCGGUGACAGUCACAUCGAGGACCCUAACCCCUAAGACCACCAGAGGAAAGUUUAGGAGACGUUUUGAAAAUAGUACAUUGUGACAGGGAAUUGAUAGUUUUACCAUUUAUUUACUGAUGUAUCUGUUGUGUUUUUCUACUUCUGCAAGAUGUGACUUCCUGUUAAAGACGUUUCCAGACUCUGUGCAGAUGCUUUCGCAGCUUUCCAUGAAAAUAGAUAACAGUCUGUGUAUAAACCUACGCUGUCAAAGAGUUACCAUAUAUGGAAAGCAUUUUCCUGUACUUGCCUGUGCUGUUGAAUUAUCACUGUGACGACACAAAUAUGCUUAGACGUGAAUAAAUAUCGAAGGGCUGCAACUAACUGAGCAGUGAGUUGUUACAAAGUAGUUUGGGUAAAAAAGUUUCAGGAAGGAAGGAAGUGGUGAGGAGAUUCAAAGAGGAAGGUCUCACCAAAAGACGGUUGGAAGGUAGAAGCAGGUUAACAAAGUCCAAGGAAUGAGCAGGGGGGAUAUGUUUUCCCAAAGGAGAGGCAGCAUGGAUAAGUUUUGUUUCAGAACUCAAGGAACGUAAAUGAGAAGGUAAAACCAAUCUGGGAGGUCUCAGAGCAGAACUUCUUGCUCUGAGGCUCUGCCUGAUACGCUGGCAGGCUGAAAGAGUUGGUCACACCCUGUUAGGAGAGGGGCAGGGACAGACACCCGCGCACACACACACACACACACACACACUGAUCUGCGUACAGCUCUGUGAACAUGACAAAGUGAGGACGACGAUGGAAACGAAAACGAAGAGUGGAAUCAAGACACCCCUGCUAAACGAGGGCCGAGCUUCCAGAAACCGUUGCCUCAUGAACUGCAGCUUCAUCCUUCUCUUCAUGGUUUUAUCUGUGGUGUUGUUCAUGCUGUACUACAUGGACUUCAGCCAUCAGAGCAGCUGUACAUACGGCGGGAAACUCUGCAUUUUCAGAAAGAUAACUAACAUAACACCUACCAAAAUGGCGCCGAAACCCAACACCAUCACUCCGUUCGGUCCCACUGAGCCAGCCAGCGUCUGCUCCUUCCACUCUGCGUCACCUGAAAACGCCACAGAGGUCAACUUGUUGAAGGAAUCCAUCGCCUGGCCUGAAACGCCGUCUGUACGGCCUGACUUUUCCCUGAAUGACACCAGUGAUCCAGCUCACAGCACCUUCACCAUUCUCCCACGGAGAGGAGGGGGAAGUUGGCACAUCGGGGAUCAGCUGGAGGUUCUGAUAAGAGUCUCUGACUACCGCGGUCGCCCCAGGAAGUCUGGGGGAGACUUGUUAUACGCUCGGCUGCAGAACCGCGCCGUGUUUGCGGGCGUGGCGGGGAAAGUGUUGGAUCACCGCAACGGCUCCUACACCGCUGUGUUCUCUUUACUGUGGGAAGGAAAAGCACAAGUCGAGGUGUCCUUGGUUCACCCCAGUGAGGCAAUCACAGUCUUGGCAAAAGUGACCCAAGAGUAUCCAGACAGAGCAUAUUUUCUUAGCGUCUUUCGCUCAGGCUCCGUCACAGAGACGGUUACAUGCAACGUGUGCCUCAAGGGUCCCAAAGAGAAGCUGUGCAACUACACUGACCUCCACACGGGUGAGCCCUGGUUCUGCUACAAGCCAAAGAAACUGACCUGCGACAACAGGAUCACCCACUCCAAAGGAGGAUUCAGUUUCAAACCAGAAUCCAACGAAAAUCAGCUCUUUCAGCGCGGUGUCAACAUGAAAGUCUCCAUUCCAUCAUCAGGACCUUCCAGCAUCGACAUUUUACCCAAACUUAAAGAUGGGACCAGUGACAUUGUGAAGACCAAACCUGCUGGUUAUUACUACCAGGGAGCGUGGCGAGCACUAGACGGCACCACAGUCCGUCAGUUUAACAACGCCUCGGCGAGAACCCAGUGUCUGAAAGGGAAAGUGGUCCACCUCUAUGGAGAUUCCACUGUCAGACAAUUUUUUGAAUUUCUAACUGGAAACACCCCAGAUCUCAAGAAGUUUGACCUGAAAAGUCCUGGAAAGGCAGGACCUUACAUGGCCUUGGAUUACAAAAACAACAUCUUACUGACGUACCGAUGCCAUGGCACCCCCAUCCUUUACACUCCCAUGCCGGCCAUUGAGACACGUCACAUUGCCACCGAGUUGAGAACUGUGGCCGGAGGCCCGGACACUGUCAUAGUGAUUAGCGUCUGGGCACACUUCACCUCUUUCCCUAUUGAGGUCUACAUCCGACGUCUGCUGAACAUAAAGAGGGCAGUGGUGCAGCUGUUGACCAGAGCUCCAGACACACUGGUCAUCAUCAGGACUUCUAAUCCCAAAGGGUCAGUUCUCAGUGAGAUACGGACUAGCAGUGACUGGUACGCCCUGCAGUGUUAUAAGGUCCUCAGGGAAAUAUUCAAAGGGGUGAACGUCCAGCUGCUGGACGCCUGGGAGAUGUGCCUGGCCCACCACCUGCCACACAGCCUCCACCCACAACCUGCCAUAAUAAAGAAUAUGAUCGACGUUGUUUUGUCCCACACCUGCCCCCUUGGUGGAAAGUCCAAAGGUGCAACAAAGCAGUAAGAAAAACAAUGAAGUGGCAAAUGGGACUGACAUAAAAAGGCAGCUACUCUACUCACACCUUGAUGUCUUGUGCAAAAAGAAGUGAAACCCAAUAAUCCAGAUGAUGAAGUAAGAUAUCAAUAUAGAACAGAAGGAGAUUAAGUCAAUUUUGCAAACAAAUGAUCGGAAUCGACUGUUACCAAGGAGUUGAGGAAUCCACCACUGAGUUGAAAGCUUUGGAGAUUUCUUCAAAGAGUCGGGAUUGACCAGAACAUUUCUGCACUUGGUUACAUUUCUAAGGAUAAAUAUUCAUUUGCGCUCAUCAUUUGUUGGCUAACACCGGUGACACUUGCUGUUGCUUGUUUAUGUUCGCCUCCUCCUCGACAGCUCCAUGCUACAGGGCAGCUGUUGUCUACACGUCCCUGUUCUUGUUUAGAACAGAACACUUAGUCGCUGAUAACCAGAGCUGCAAAAGG